GAAGGAAGGCAGAAUGAUCCUGUGGAAGGACACUGUUCUGGGAACUGGCCAACUUGACUUGCAUUUCCAGCUCUGCCGUUCUCUGAGUGAAGGAUGCCGAGGAAGAAGAAGCCCACAGAGGGCCUGGACUCUCGAGGUCAGGAUGGGGACGAAGAGGAGGAAGAGAAGAGGAACCCAGCCAACGCCAAGAAGAAGCGCAGUUUUGUGGAUGCGUUUAUUGUUAUAUCUGACAGCGAUGGAGAGCAGGAGUCAAAGGAGGAGAGUGGAUUGCAAAAGAAGAGAACAAAACAGCAGCUGGAUAGAACGAAGUUUGCUGCUAAGAGAAAAAUUGCACAGAUGACUGAAGAGGAACAGUUUGCACUGGCCCUGAAAAUGAGUGAGCAAGAAGCCAGACAAGUGAACUGUCAGGAAGAGGAAGAGGAGGAGCUCUUGAGGAAGGCCAUUGCUGAGAGCCUUAACAGCUGUCAGCCCUCGGACUCCUCUGAUGCAACCCCUCAGUUGUCUGCAGAAGCACUGGGUGUGCGAAGCCAAAGCCAUCCUGCCGAGAAAGAAGGUGCUGAGAUCCUGGGAGGUCUGGCGCUUUGCCCUGACACCCCUUGCUCUGGGUGCAGCUCCCACUCACAGAGCGCCAGAGCUGAUGGGAACGGACAGAUGGAUGUUGCCUGGAGCCCCCUGGUAGUGUUGAGGAGGUUAAGCCAGGAAAUCGUUGAAAGCUCACUAGUAUCCAGCAUAAUCGUGUCUCCGGGGAAGGGCCAGCCUGUGACAAGGUCAAGUGAAAAGCCUUCCUCACCAGCAAAAAGUGAUUCUAGUAACAUGUUACCCAGCACUCUCGGAGAUGACCUCAUCUCUUUGAGUCCCACCUUUGGCAGGGUGGCUUCAGGCUCCCGGCGACUGACACCUCGGAGACUGUUCACAAGCCCCUUCAGCUCUUCCGAAGCAACAGGCCACGAACCAAAAGAGCAGCCCCUGCCCUGCACUGGCCAUUCUGCGGGAGAAGCUGGUGCCGGGAGCUCAGCCACGCUCUGGAAGAGCUGGACCGCAGAACGGUGUAGCAGCCCCAGCAGGAGUAGUGGAGGAGCAGGUACCAGGCACACAUCACAGCCCGGGCAUGCCGCCGAAGUCUGUGUUUCCACAGAGCAAGCAGAGCAGAAUGAGGUGCCCGACAGUACCCCUGAGCUUUGCGUGCUGAAUGCAGCGGAGGAGAAGCACAAGCAGGAGGAGGCGAGAGACACAGUGCACUAUUACUGGGGCAUCCCCUUCUGCCCCAAAGGGGUGGACCCCAACCAGUACACCAAAGUCAUCUUGUGUCAGCUGGAGGUUUACCAGAAGAGCCUGAAGCAGGCUCAGAGGCAGCUAUUGCAUAAGAAGGAGUUUGGUAACCCAGUUGUGCCCAGUUCUUCCUUGAGCCAAAACGAGCUUGGGAAAGGAGAGCAGAUAAGCAGGGAGAACGGGGUUGCUGAUGAUACAGAAGAUGGAGACCCAGAUGGGCAGAAGGAGUCUGAGAGCAUCACCUGGCUCCUCCCUUCAAAGAGAAGGGAAGCAGAGAGUCCAGGGCACAGCAUGGAAGAAGAGAAGAACUCCACUUCCGAUGAUGAACCGACCACCAGCUACUGCCAGGCCUCCCAGGUGCUGCCUGCAGAGGAUGUGUGUGGAGACGGGGAACCCAUGCAAAUUGCACAGAGCAUCUCCGUGUUGACCCCACUUGGCAGUAAAAGGAGCCCAGAUGUUGCCACAGAAAACUCUGCUGAAGAAGAGAUCUCUGUUUGCCCGGAGACCCAGCCAAAUCCACUGGAAGCUAUUGAGGUGGAGAGAGAAGAGCUCUGCUCGGGCAGCAGAGAUGCACCUAUGCAGGCUGGUGGAGAUGAAGAUGCUGGCAGGACUGUGUCUGAGUGCAGUCCUACAGCUGCUGACCGUGUGUCGUGCCCGCUGUGUGACCAAGGCUUUCCAGCUACGGAGAUCGAGCUGCAUGCCAUGUACUGCAACGGCAUCGUGGGAGAGGAGGCUGGCGAGGACAGUCCAGUGCUCACCCGGCGUCAGAGAGAGGCAAGAAGUAAAGCUGCCAGUGGUGAAAGCGGCCCAACAUCCUUAGACAUUGACAAGUGUGAGAAGUGCUACCUCUGUAAGUCACUGGUGCCACUGCUGCAGUAUCAGAGGCACGUGGACAGCUGCCUUCAGGCUGCUAGGCAAGCUCAGGGAACCAGGAGGCUGCGAAGCACCAAGGACAUUGGAAGGCAGGAGAGGGGACUCCUCAGGAUGCUGGAGCUCUCGGAGAGCAAGUCUGCAGGUGCUGAUGCGGGGACCCCCCUCGCUGGACUAGGAGACCAACAGUCCCCUCCUGCACUUUCAGCCAGAGCCAGGGAGCCGGCGGCGGACAGCCCCAACUCCCUUCGGCACCUUCCUUUUGACGUCUCCCCUGCGAAACCUGGCGUCUCCUCGGAAGCCACGGACUGCGUGGUGGACUUGGAGCCGCACGCGGCUCUUCGCUUGGGCAGCCAGCAGCAGACCAAAGGCUGCCGGCGGAGAAAACGCAAGUUCUGAGGCCAGCGGUGUGGCGGGCCCCCCCCAACGGCGCCCCACGCCCUGGCGAGGGUCUGCACGGCACCCUACCCCUGCUUCACCUGCAGCCUUGUUCUCCCAUCCCCCUUUUAUAUGUUUUGUACGACCUGUGCAGGGAGCGCCAGGUGGAGAAGUGACUGUGUGUUUUAUAGGUGCCUGUGCAGCUUUGCUCUCUGUUAAAGAAAUGGAAAUAUAUUUAUGUAUGUUUUUAUGAAACUGCA